CCCUCCCUCCCUCCCUUACUCUCUCUCUCUCUCGGCGUACAGUAUACACCUAUCUAUCUUCCGCGAGCAUCAGCACUCUCUCCAUCAGUCUCCGCGAUUCGAGCGCUACUACGGCGCAAAGCAUGGCAUCUCUGCGCCCUGAAAACCCGCUCUCCUCCGCUGCGCACCUCUGCGUCUUUCUGCUGACCGCCUCGGCCUGGAUGGCACUGCCGGGACCCGCGCGCUGUGACAGCGGGGCUUUAACCCGGCGCGGCGGGGAGGACCGUACGUUGGACAUGGGCGGCGGUGGCGGAGGCUCACCGCCGGGCUUACCGAAGGAUGUUGACGAGGGAGCCGCCGGCGCGGAGGGCUCACCCCGCCUCAGGAGAGCGCUGUCCCGGGAUAAACAAAUGUCUCUGCUAAGCAGUUCGUUCGUGCUCAAAGGGGAUGCGACCCACAACCAGGCGAUGGUCCACUGGACAGGAGAGAACAGCAGCGUCAUCCUGAUCCUGACCAAGUACUACCACGCUGACUCUACAAAGGUGCUGGAGAGCUCGCUAUGGAGGUCUACAGACUACGGCACCACCUACACCAAACUCAACCUGAUGCCGGGGACAACCAUCGUGGUGACCAGCUUCUACAUCUGCCCGACCAACAAGAAAAAGGUGGUGCUGGUUGGCUCCUCCAUAAACGAAAGGGAUCAGAUGCUGUUUAUCAGCACGGACGAAGGCUCCUCGUUCCAGCGUCAGUCCAUCUCCUUCACCCCGGACACGCUCGUCUUCCACCCAAAGGAGGAGGACAAGCUCCUGGCGUACUGCAAGGAGGGCAGGCUCUUUGCAUCCACUGACCUGGGACGCAAGUGGACUCUGCUGCAGGAGCGUGUGACCAAGGACAGAGUGUUCUGGUCGAUAUCUGGAGUGGAUGUGGACCCUGAUCUGGUGCACAUGGAAAUGCGAGAUACAAGUGGAGGUUACCUGUAUGUCACCUGCCUGAUCCAGAACUGUUCGGACAAAAUGGUGACGGCUCAGUUCCUCGGCAAAAUCGACCACAACUCCCUCCUGGUGCAGGACGACUACAUAUUUGUCAAGGUCACUACAGGGAAUCGCACCAAGCACUUUGUGUCCUAUCGGCGUAACGAGUUCGUCCAGAUGAGGUUUCCCAAGUACGCCUUGCCAAAGGAUGUUCAGAUAGUGAGUACAGACGAGAACCAGGUCUUCCUCGCCCUCCAGGAGUGGUACCAAUCGGACACUUAUAACCUGUACCAGUCGGACCCUCAGGGAGUCUACUACUCCAUCGUCCUGGAAAAUGUCCGCAGCACCAAGCAGCCUGAGGAGAACACCCUCAUCGACAUACUUGAGGUUCGUGGAAUCAAAGGAGUCUUCCUGGCCAAUCAAAAGAUCGACAGCAAAGUAACGACUCUCAUCACCUACAACAAAGGAAGAGACUGGGAAUUCUUAGCCCCGCCCACCACUGACAUGAACGGGAAACCGGUCAGCUGCAAAGCGCCCGACUGUCACCUCCACCUCCACCUGCGCUGGGCCGACAACCCCUACGUGUCGGGGACGGUCCACACCAAAGACUCUGCUCCGGGUCUCAUCAUGGGUGCUGGUAACCUUGGCUCCAAGCUGGUCGAGUAUAAGGAAGAGAUGUACGUCACCUCGGACUGCGGGAAGACGUGGAAACAGGUAUUCGAGGAGGAGCACCACAUCCUGUACCUGGACCACGGUGGGGUCAUUGUGGCCAUAAAGGACACCUCCAUCCCCCUGAAGAUACUCAAGUUUAGCAUCGAUGAAGGACGGACGUGGACCGUGCACAACUUCACCAGUACCUCUGUUUUCGUUGACGGACUCCUGAGUGAGCCGGGAGAUGAGACCUUGGUUAUGACUGUGUUCGGCCACAUCAGCUACAGGUCAGACUGGGAGCUGGUCAAGGUGGACUUCAGGCAGUCUUUUCCCCGUCAGUGUACGGAGGCUGACUACGACUCCUGGCAGCUCACAGACCUGCAGGGAGAGAAGUGCAUUAUGGGCCAGGAGCGGAGUUUCAGAAAAAGGAAGGACACGGCGUUCUGUAUCAAAGGGAAAAGCUACACGUCGACUCUGAUCUCCAAACCCUGUCAAUGCACGGAGAAAGACUUCAACUGUGACUAUGGUUUUGAACGGUCCCAAAUGGAGGGGAAACGCUGCUUCGCUGACUUCUGGCAUGAUCCAGAUUCACCACCUGAAGACUGCCAUCUAGGACAAACUUACGAGUCCAGCACUGGCUACAGGAAGGUGAUAUCCAACACGUGUGAAGGUGGGGUGAACAAGGAGCAGAGCGCCAAGCAGCACAACUGUCCUCUGCUGCCCCCGAAAGGACUGCAGGUCGGCAUCAAAGGGCAGAUGUUGGCCGUGGCGCCUGGUGAUGACAUCACAUUUAUCGUCCACCAGGAACAGGGAGACACCAGCAGCACCAAAUACCAGGUGGACCUCGGCGACGGGGUCCGGGCGAUCUACCAGAACCUGACAGUGACGGACGAGCCCAUCCAGCAUCGCUACGAACAGCCAGGAGUUUACAAAGUUACAGUGAUGGCUGAGAACAUGGCGGGGCACGACGAGGCCACCAUGUACAUCCAGGUCACAGCCCCACUGCAGGAGGUUCACCUGGAGGUGGUUCCCAUCGCCAGGAGAAACCAGCAGGUGAAUCUGACAGCCAUAGUUCUUCCUACUGAAGCCAACAUGACCGUCUUCUACUGGUGGAUAGGAAACAACCUGCAGCCGAAGCUGACUCUGCAGAACAGCCUUCUGACUCGUUUCACAGAGACUGGAGACGUUUCGGUCACCGUCCAGGCUUCUAACGGCCGAUCCAUGGUGCAGGACACCAGGACCGUCCGAGUCUACGAUAACUUCCAGGUCAUCCCUCUGAGCUUCAGCAGGAACCUGGACCGCUUCAACCCAAACAUCCCCGAGUGGAGAGCCGACGUCGGCCAGGUGGUCACCAAACUACUCACAAAGAUCACAGGUGUCCCUCAGGAGUCCCUGGUUACAGUGGUGAAUCCGGGCCUGCCUACCUCAGCCGACCUGUACGUCCUCCCGCAGGACAGCAAACCAGACAAGAGGAACAUGUUUGUAGAUAAGCGUAUCCCAGCCAUCAUGCAGGCCUUUAACGACAACAAUGUCAGCUUCGUGGUGCGUGGGGGUCUCAAAGUGCUGGUGAUGCUAGCAGACCCGAACGCAGGCUACCAUGGAGCUGCUGGAGGUCCGGGUGUUUGGGCUGGGGCGGUCAUCUUCCUUAUCAGCCUCAUCGCCACCGGAUCCUUUAUCCUGUACAAGUUUAAAAGGAAGCUUCCGGGCAACCGCAACGUCUACGCCCAGAUGCACAACGAGAAGGAGCAGGAGAUGACCAGCCCCGUCAACCACAGUGAGGACACGCAGCACAUCAUCCAGGGCGAGGAGUUCAUCGACGACGACCUGGACUCGCAGACUCUAGGUAACGCAGGAGGUAGCCCCGCCUUCCGUUCCCUUAUAAGGACUACCACUAACCACUGCUACUAAAACCCGAGCCACUAACACCAGCAGCUAACACACACCAAGGCAACCACUCAGGUGUUGUCCUGAGCAUCAACUCCAGAGAACUGCACAGUUACCUGACCAGCUGAUGGCUGCCAUGGCAACGCUAACAAGCUAGCUCAGCCUAGCCGGCUAACGAGCACAGGGACUCCACUCUGCCUUCCUCCUUUUUUCUCCUCUCUCUCUUUUUUUUCGUCUUUUCCUCGUCUUCUUCGGACACUUCACCUCCGCUCCACGGCCUCCUCAACCCUUCUGCUCCAGCUUUGGUGUCAUGUUUUAUUUCUCUGGAGAAAGGACUGUCUUCUUCUUCAUGUCGAACCUGGUUUUCCCCCAACUCCAUCUCUAUCUGAGAUGGGAGGCGCUCUGCUUUACAUUUUUUUUUUCACUUCCUGCAGCAGCCCUGGAGACGAGCACUGACACCCUUAGAGGUUGGAGGUUUUAAUGACGUCACACUGAGAAUCCUCACUUAUCUGUGUUUUUGAAGAACAAAAAGUGUGUGUGCGCUGUCUGUUACUUAUCAACACUCAAAAUUAGCAAGCAUGACUCACUGCAGGUGAAGGUGUGACCAUCCAUUGCCGGCAGGCCGUAGCCACAGAGGACUGCUGUAUUUUCUCAAAGCAUAAAGGGUGAUGUGACCAAGGUUGUAAAGUGAGAUUCACCAUAUUCAUAGGGUACCAAUUUACCUCUGGCUUCGUUCUCAUCUGGUGAAGCUUGAAUGCUGUAAUUAUUUUCCACUAUCAUGUUUGAGAGAGAAAGUCAUACACUGUAAACAGAGGGUUUAUAAGGAUGCUUUCACAGCUGGAUGGUUUGGAGAAGCUCUGAAACAGGGGGAGUUUCUCCUCCUUUGUCCGUUUGGACAAAUGUGAACACUGCAAUCGCACUCUGUUGUGGAACAAAACAAGCGAGCCGACAUCGCCUAAGAGGUGGUCUUGGAUCGCUUCCAAAGGUGUGCACAGUUAAACAGAAAUGUAACUGUGUUAACCAUUAGCAAAGACCUGGAUAUCAGUUAAUCACUUACUCCCAUUAUUAAUGAACUGAAGUUAAAAUUGACAUUACAGUUUUAUCAGAAAAACAACAAAAACACAGCUUUUGAGGUCUUAAGAGGCCAUGAAGAACUCUACAUUACACACCUGUCUGAAUUGAAAAUCUUCAAUUAGUGGAAACUUUUUUUGAUAUCGCCUUGCCCGAAGACUGUAAGUGUGUUAUCACCCUAAUUUACAUAACUGCUAAUGCUACACAACGCUAGCAAGCUACGACUCUCUUGGACCAUGUGACCAUUUCAAAACUAAACCAACACAGAAGCCACAAUCUACGCAUCUGUCAGACCACCAACGAAAACAAGAUUUAUUUGUCUUACUGUCUGAAGGUCGACUGUAGCUUCUCUUGCGGUCAUAAUAUUCCAACAACAACGAUCCUGCUGCAUCAAAACAGUCCCUACAAUCCAAAUCCAGAAAAAGAUUGAAUCCAAACACAUUACAUCCAUAAAGAUGAACAGAUUGCUGACGAAAAUGUAUUAUCUCUGUACUAAUCCAUGAAGCUUUCGAUUGACACCUCAUUUGAUGUGGUCGAAUCCUAACGUUUUAAUGUUCAGACAUGUUUAUAAAACUUGGAACCUUCAACACAGAAUUCAAACGUAAAACCAGCUCGGGUUGCUUUACGAUACCAGAUUUGUAAGCACCAUAUCAUACCUGUUGGGAUACCACAGGGAGAAAAAAACAAGUCCUUGAUAUCUGAUAUUGGGUUACUUCUUGUUUAUAAUUACCAAAACAAUGCAAACUGUACAAAAACAUAAAUCAACGUUUCAGUGCUGAAGGGUUGCCAAUGUAUGUAUGCAAUCUAGACAGCGCUGUCUCUCUCUUCCUCACAUAGUUAAAAAUAUGAUUGAGGAUCUGACGUUUACAAAAUGAAAGAUUCUUUACUUCUUGAUACUACGGAUAAUUAAAAUCACAGAGAGAUUGCAUGGUUUUCAAACACAUAGUCUCACAAAGUACCGGACAAUGUUGACAACUUUACUAGCAGCUUCUGAAGCCACAAUGAGCUCCAGGUCACUGAGAAAUGGCCGCCAUGUGAAUAUGAUGAAUUUCAAAGAGAUGAAAUUGUUACUCUUGCUCUUUUUUGUGUUUAUCUCUCUUUUAUUCCCACAAUGACUCUCUUCACAGGCAAUAAUAUGCUCUCUGUGGAAUGUAGGAUUGCAUAAACCCUUGUGAAUUUGCAUAAUGACAAGCAUGCAAACACAAGAGGGCGGUGUUGCACUUUUUUGUAAAAUCCCACUCACAGGUACAAGGAAGAAAAACAAAGCUUAAAGUCCCAGAGCAGUCUUAAGACUUGUAUGUUUGUUUUAAGAUCAGAUCACAGCAGUUUGUUGGGAGGGGGGGGGUUCAAAUCAGCACCACCUUUUUGUCCGUCCCAUGGUGCCUAAAACAGCAGAUCUGAAUCUGCUCAGUAACAUUACCUGUUGAGUUUAUUUAUUUCUAAUAACAGAACGCCCCUUCCUCCUCUUCUUCCUCCUCCUCCUCCUCCUCCUCCUCCCCACUUGUCCUGGAUCAGAGAGACUCCUGGAGACAAAGGCCGCUGUCAUGGAGGGAAGGUGUAGUUGAUAUUUUAGUGUAUCAGCCUAUAUUAGGCGUAGCCCGCGGUUGAAUCAUGUCUCCUUAAAGGUUCGGUUUGUUUGUAUGUAAAUGUGUAAAUAUGAUCAAUCUCCACUUUGUACAUACUCCCUUUGACAUGUGUGAGUGUUUUACACUUCCACCAAAACACACAGCAUUAUUUUUGUUUUUUUGUUUUUUAGAGUGAACCUUCACCGAGUCGAGUGAAUUUGAAAAACUCUCACUGUUUACAGUUUCAUCAACGCCAUUGCCUGCUUCACAUGUACGCAUUUUUUCGAUUCUUUCGGUGUGAUCUCAUGUGUAAGAUAAGUUUUUUCCAUCUUCAUCGUUAACUGAAAAUUAAUUCAUUGUCUCAUAAAGAUACUCACGACGACACAGUGGAAACUGUAUAUGGAUAUUUUUGAUACACUUGUCAUUUUUCUCAACACGUGUGAACACUGGUUAAUGUUUCUGUUGCCUUUUUGCUGAUGUUUUGAUUGGUUGUGUGAUUGCACUAACGAUGUAAGCUGAGCUGCAGACACAUGCCUGAGUAAGUCCGCACACUCUCCACGGACAGGUCUUUGGACAAAAGGCCUUUAAAGACUACAAAUACCACAAGCACCACCCCUCAGUUCGUCUUAUAUUUGAUACAAACAGACCACAUUCACUCGUUCUGGUUUACGCUUCAUCUUUUGUACAUAUUCUGCUCAUGGUCGACUUGUUCUUAGCUUUCUAGUGAUGUGUCGUCAUUGUGUCGGGGGGAGGGGGGGAGUGGGAAUGAUGGAUAUUCCAAUAUAAUAGGAAAGGAGUUUCACAGCUGAUGGCACCAAUCAAGCAGUUUUGACCACACCGUUUUGUUUUGAUUUUGUUCUUCUUUCCUGCGGUACGUUCGAUUUGUUAAGUUUUGCUAUUAAAACAAUUGUGUGUCCUCAUCAGGGAGCGUUGUGCACUCAACCUGCAUACUGGAAUAAAUCACUCCCAUAACUUG